AUGUGCUCUGCUGCAGAAAUGGGCGCAUUUUUUCAGGAUGAAUUACCCCUAAUACCUGAGCAUCCACCCGAUUUUGAAAAAAAAGUGUCAACACCGUAUGGAAAUGUGAAAGUGACCGUUUAUGGAAAUCGGCAUUCAAGUUCUAUCCUUACAUUUCACGAUAUGGCACUCGAUUCGGAAACGAAUUUCCAAAAUUUUUUCCAAUAUGCAACAGCUGGAGAAUUUCUGUCAAAUUUCUGUAUCUAUAACAUCAAUGCUCCGGGUCAAGAAAUAGAUGCUGCUCCAUUGCCGGAUCAUUAUAUUUAUCCAACAAUGGAUGGCCUUGUUCAAAUUGUUGAUAAUUGCGUGGAACAGUUCAAAAUUCGAGAAUUUAUUGGUUUAGGAGUGGGUGUGGGUGCUAAUGUUAUGCUACGCUAUGCACUCCAAAAUCAGUCAAAGGUGGAUGCAUUAAUACUAGUCAAUUGUGUAGCAACGAGUGCAGGCUGGAUCGAGUGGUUCUAUCAGCAGGUCAAUAUGCGUUCGUUACGCACACGUGGGAUGACAAACUUUUCGGUUGAUUAUUUGUUGUGGCAUCAUUUUGGAAAUCACGUCACACUAAAUCCUCCCGAUACUGUUCGUCGUUACCGUGCGUAUUUGCAGCAUCUUCCAAAUCCGAAGAAUUUGGCCGCUUUCAUUGAAGCUUAUCUGAAUCGAACACCAAUAAAUAUUUCGCGCGACGGCACAAUGGGUCCGAAAUUGAAGGUGCCCGUUCUUCAAAUUGUAGGAGCUGAUUCUGCGUUUGUUGGCGAUUCAGUGGAAUUGAAUGCUCGAUUAAAUCCAGCAGAUUCAGAGUGGCUUAAGCUUUCGGGAUCAGGUGGACUUGUUUUGGAUGAUAAGCCGGAAGGUGUGGCGCAAGCGAUUAUUUUGUUCCUCCAAGGACGUGGUUUUGUGCCCACCACAAAUGUGCAAGAUAUGGUGCGUAAAAUUUCGGUACAGUCGACAUUUGAUGCUGGUGACGAAGCAGUAACGAUAUUGGAAAAUGUAAAUGAAACAAGUUGA